GCUGUGAAGGCAGACGCCUGUUUCCACACAACACAGACGGCGGAACAGAAAUCCGGAGAGCUGCUUGCGCAGGCUGGAGGAUUCCCCGGUUUGUGGCACAUCUCAGCUCCUCUUCCCAGUUGCUAACGGAUGGGAUGCCCCAUACCAACUCCAGAGAGUACCAUUAACUGUGUGCCAGCAGAGGCUUCGAUGUCAAAAUGACAGAACGCUUUGACUGCCACUACUGCAAAGAGUCCUUGUUUGGCAAGAAGUACAUCUUACGGGAGGAGAGCCCCUACUGCAUUAAGUGCUAUGAGAGCCUGUACUCCAACACCUGUGAGGAAUGUAAAAAGCCAAUUGGCUGUGAUUGUAAGGAUCUGUCCUAUAAGGACCGACAUUGGCAUGAAACCUGUUUCCACUGCUUCCAGUGCAAGAACUCACUGGUCGACAAACCUUUUGCUGCUAAAGAAGAGAACCUACUCUGUACUGAAUGCUACUCCAAUGAGUACUCUUCCAAAUGUAGUGAGUGCAAGAAGACCAUCAUGCCAGGAACUCGCAAGAUGGAAUAUAAAGGAAGUAGCUGGCAUGAGACCUGCUUUAUCUGCCAUCGAUGCCAACAGCCAAUAGGAACGAAGAGUUUCAUUCCCAAAGACAAUCAGAAUUUCUGUGUGCCAUGCUAUGAGAAGCAGUUCGCCAUGCAGUGUGUCCAGUGCAAGAAGCCCAUCACCACAGGAGGAAUUACUUACCGGGAGCAGCCAUGGCAUAAGGAGUGUUUUGUGUGCACUGGAUGCAAGAAACAGCUGUCUGGGCAACGCUUUACUUCCCGGGAUGAGUUUGCGUAUUGUCUGAACUGCUUCUGCAGCCUCUAUGCUAAAAAAUGUGCAGGAUGCACCAAUCCAAUAAGUGGGCUUGGAGGAACCAAGUACAUCUCCUUUGAGGAACGCCAAUGGCAUAACGAUUGCUUCAACUGUACGAAGUGCUCCCUGUCCUUAGUGGGACGCGGCUUCCUCACAGAGAGGGAUGACAUCCUGUGCCCCGAGUGCGGGAAAGAUAUUUAAGACUUCAAAAUGGAAUAAAAAUAAGCUGCAUAUGUUUUCUAAAACGAAUACUGUGUGUAUGAGCUUUGACAGAUGUGAGAAAUGUAGUGUCUUGUUUUUCAACAUCAUAUACUCUCAGCAAUUAACUUUUUAUUUUCUAGCUUGUGAAAAUGCACUGGAGGAGGAGAGGGGGAGAUCAGGUGAUUUCGACAUCUGCUGUUAUGCCAUACAUUUAAUUUAUAAACCAAGAUCAGCCAAAUCACCAAGUGUUCAGAUGUUACUAAAAAGAAAUUUCUUUUUCAGAACGUUUCAUCCUAAUAUUAAAUAUGAUUUUUGAAGCGAGGGCUUUGUAAAGGAUUACAUAAAACACUUUUUAAUGUUGCUAGAUUGAGGGACAUAUUUAUGAUGUGCGAGUUGGCAAACGUGCAAGUGAUUCUAUGUCAGGUAUGUAGAGGAUACCAUUAAUAGAAAAAUUUGUGUCACACCUUAAAGUAAGGAAUUAAAGCUGCAAUUCUAUGUAUACUAACACUGGAGUAGGUUCAUUAAAUUUAGUGGGACUUGCUCUCAAGUAAAGGUAUACAGGAUCAGUUUCAGAUAGAUAUACAUAAUACGAAUUAUUUGCACAUAUCACAAGACCAUUGUACAAAGUACAUUCAGCAACCAGUUUUUGAAAUUUCAUUGCACCUUGUAUUUUAUUAAGUAAUAAAUUUCUAACACAAA